CCGCUGUGAUUGACAACCCGAGCUCUCAGUGGAUCCUCCUUCCUCCAGCCUUCUGCUCUCAUCUCUCUCUCUCUCUCACUCUCACUCUCCCUCAUUCUUUCAGCUUGUGUAACUUUGUACACAGGGAUGCUGGCGCACAGUGCAGCCUGAAAAUGGGUUUACUAUGGAUAUAUCCUUCUCUGCUCACUCUUCACUUGCUAACACCAAACCAGGCCUUAAGGACUUACCCUGACAAUGAAGUGACAUUGCUGGACUCAAUGUCGGCGCUUGGAGACCUGGGCUGGGUGGCAUAUCCGUCUGAAGGGUGGGAGGAGAUCAGCGUGAUGGACGAGAGGAACACGCCCAUGCGCACCUAUCAGGUGUGCAACGUGAUGGAAGCCAACCAGAACAACUGGCUUCGCACCAGCUGGAUCCCCCGAGAUGGCGCCCAGCGCGUCUACAUCGAGAUCAAGUUCACCCUGCGCGACUGCAACAGCUUGCCAGGAGUGCCGGGCACCUGCAAAGAGACCUUCAACAUGUACUACUAUGAGUCUAACAACAACAACCUGUGGUUCAUCAAGGAGAGCCAGUAUGUCAAAAUAGAUACCAUCGCGGCGGACGAGAGUUUCACCCAAGUGGACGUAGGGGACAGAGUGAUGAAACUCAACACUGAAGUGCGGGAUAUCAGCCUUUUGAGCAAGAAAGGUUUUUACCUGGCCUUUCAGGAUGUGGGGGCCUGCAUUGCCUUGGUUUCAGUCAGGGUCUUCUACAAGAAAUGCCCCCUCACAGUGCGCAACUUGGCGCAGUUUCCCGACACCGUCACUGGAGGUGACUCUGCCCUGGUGGAGGUUCGUGGUUCAUGCGUCAACAGCUCAGAGGAGUUUGACACGCCGAAAAUGUACUGCAGCGCCGACGGUGGCUGGCUGGUUCCCAUCGGUCGCUGUGCCUGCAAGUCCGGGUUCGAAGAGCGCAAAGACAUCUGUCAGCCAUGCCGACCUGGUUUCUACAAGGCAUCAGCCAUGGAUGCCUACUGUGUGAAAUGCCCACCACACAGCUACUCAAACCUGGACAGUGCUUCAGAAUGCGUCUGUGAGAAAGGUUACUACCGGGCAGAGACAGACCCCAGGUCUAUGGCCUGUACAAGACCACCAACUGCUCCAGAAAACCCAAUCUCCACCAUUAACGAGACGACAGUUACCCUGGAAUGGAGCCCUCCCCGUGAGAGUGGGGGUCGAGGAGACGUCAGCUAUAGUGUCCACUGCAGGAAGUGCUCCAGUGAUGGCAGGAAGUGCAGCCCAUGUAGUAACGGCCUCCACUUUGUCCCGCGGCAAUUCGGUCUCUCCUAUACGAAAGUGCUCAUCACAGACCUUCUCCCCCAUACCAACUACACCUUCGACAUUGAGGCAGUCAACGGGGUCUCAGACCUGAGUCCCAGCCCCAAACAAUGCAUCUCUGUCAAUAUCACCACAAGCCAAGCAGUAAGUGUGAUUCUGAAAGAGAGGAAAAGCAAAGACAGCAUCACCCUGGCAUGGCAAGGACCGGAGCGAGCUAACGGCGCCAUAGUGGAAUAUGAAGUGAUUUACUAUGAAAAGAAUCAAAGAGACCAGAAUUACACUGUUUUGAAGACGAAGUCCAACAGCAUGACAGUGGAUGGGCUGAAACCAGGUACUACGUAUGUGUUCAGGGUCCGUGCACGCACCGAUGGAGGCUAUGGAAACUAUGGAGGAGAAAUCGAGCUGGAGACCAGCCAUGAAGACAUGCUUGCGAUCGGAGACCCAAAUCAGCCCACCAUCCUCGCGGUGUCAAUUUCAGGAGGGAUAGUGCUGCUCAUAUUCCUGGUAGCUUGCUUUGUUGUCAGUGGAAGGCAUUGUGGCUACAUCAAAGCAAAACAAGAUCCAGAUGAGGAAAAACUGCAAUUCCAACAUGGUCGAGUGAAGCUGCCUGGGAGCAGGACCUACAUACACCCACACACUUACGAAGACCCCAAUCAGGCUGUCCGAGAUUUUGCCAAGGAGAUUGAGGCGUCUAGUAUUCGAAUUGAGAGGGUAAUAGGAGCCGGCGAGUUUGGGGAGGUGUGCAGCGGUCGCCUGAAGCUGCCCAGCAAGCGGGAGAUUUACGUGGCUAUCAAGAGCCUGAAAGCCGGCUACUCGGACAAGCAGAGGCAGGACUUCCUGAGCGAGGCCAGCAUCAUGGGACAGUUCAACCACCCCAACAUUAUCCGACUGGAGGGAGUCGUAACCAAGUGCAAGCCAGUAAUGAUCAUAACAGAAUUCAUGGAGAAUGGAUCCUUAGAUUCCUUCCUUAAGAAGCAUGAUGGACAGUUCACAAUGAUUCAGCUGGUCGGAAUGCUGAGAGGCAUUGCCUCUGGAAUGAAGUACCUGUCUGACAUGAACUAUGUGCACAGGGACCUUGCAGCCAGGAAUAUUCUUGUUAACAGUAACCUUGUGUGUAAGGUGUCUGAUUUUGGCCUAUCCAGAGUGCUCGAGGAUGACCCAGAGGCUGCCUACACUACAAGGGGUGGGAAAAUACCCAUCAGAUGGACUUCUCCAGAGGCCAUUGCCUACCGCAAGUUUACUUCAGCCAGUGACGCCUGGAGUUAUGGCAUCGUCAUGUGGGAAGUGAUAUCAUAUGGAGAGCGACCGUACUGGGAAAUGUCCAAUCAAGACGUAAUAAAAGCAAUAGACGAGGGCUACCGCUUGCCUGCACCCAUGGACUGCCCAGUCGUGCUGCACCAGCUCAUGCUGGACUGCUGGGAGAAGGGGCGCAGUGACAGGCCCAAGUUUGGGCAGAUUGUCAACACCCUCGACAAGCUGAUCCGAACCCCCAGCAGCCUGAAGCAAUUAGCCAACAGUUCAGUGUGGCAAGACCCUACGACACCAGACUUCACUGUCAACACUGUUGAAGAAUGGCUGGACGCCAUCAAGAUGGGCCAAUACAAGGACAACUUUUCCUCAGCGGGCUACGUCUCGCUGGAGUCAGUGCUGUACAUAAGCAUCAGUGAGCUGGGUAAACUGGGAAUUGCAUUAGCCGGCCAUCAGAAGAAGAUCCUCUCCAGUAUAGAGAGCCUCCAGACACAAGGAACACAUCUUCAAGUAUAACAUUACAUCACCUAGCGAUAUGAUCCUCAAAGAACAAACACUAAAUGAACUCAACAAGAUGCUUGUUAUUCCUAAUUACCAGCUUCACCAAUCAAACUGUUUUGGAUAUAACUCAUCUUCAGCACUCUGGCUUCCGUGCACUUAAAGCCACAGUAACAAAAGGAGUAAAAGGCUGAUCUAUAUUAGGUCUCUCUGAAGACUUCAGAGGAAAAUACUUUAAGUUUCACCAUUAUGGAAAUUAGUGUAUCGUAGAAUGCUCAACAAAUUGCCUGUUUUAAAUUUCUUUUAAAUUUUGAAUCAAGCUAAAAGAGUCCAGGAAAUACCUGCCCGAUUCUUUGUAUUCAAGAGUGCACACAAGUGAAGCUCGACUAGAUAUCCUGAAUUGGACCUGAUUCCAUAAUAUCAUCGCACCAGAUAGCCCCAGUCCUGCGUAUCGGAGAAGUGGUAAUCUGCUCCCUGCGAAGGAUUCUUGGUUCUGACCUUGAUAAACAUGUGUUGUUUAAAGACUUUCCUGCUUAGAGACUGCUGUGAAUUGAAAGAUACGCCCUUCUAUUACAAAUGAAAGGUGUUUAUAGUAACAUGAAUGCAGCCAUUGGUAGCUGACUUUGUAUCUGGUUGAUCAUCAAAGUUUUAUAAAUAAUUAGGAUAAAAACAAGAGGUUCUACAUUUACUCUCUUAUGAAAUGUGAGAAAGAAAAACUGAAACAGUAGUUGUAUCUUUCAAGCUAAAAUUUACAAUAAUAGUGAGUGUUUUUUUUUUGUUUUUUUUAAUUGAAGUGUAUGCCAUGUUCUGUAUAUUGCAAUGCUUUCAUAUUACCAGCCACACCACCUCAAAUUACAUCGUCACUGUGUAAGAGUUUCUCAACUAAUAUGAAUUAAAGGGAAUGUAUAUAAUGAUAAAACACCUACUAAAAUCACAUAAUCCUGAGACCCUGAAACAAAUUACUACCCAGAACUGUAAUAGUAAAACAAACAGAAAAAAAACUUAAAAGGGUAGUUCACCUUCCUUAGAUAUCUGCAACAUAUGGAAAUGGCCAUAGUUUACAGUUGCGUUACUCUGAAGAGCCUCCUUAUAGAAGCAUUAGCAAUCACAGUUAUGUCCCUAGUUUAUUCACAGUUGGAUCUCUUAUUGUCAAAAGAAGUUUAACUGUACCAAAUUAUAAAACUGUGAUUGCAAAACUACUGAUAAAAGGAAUGAUACAUAACUAUUGAUUGUGUUGCUAAUUUCAGUGUCAUCACUAUAAAAAUCCUGGGGACUGUUGGACGGGGGCUCAUUAGUUAAGAGAUGAACCAGGAAUGACUGCACCUGCCCCCGUGUCAACAUGGUGUACUGAUGCAACAUGGUCUAUUAGUGGACUUACAGCACUUAAGGAAAUGUAGUGCUUUUCACCCUCAUGCCCUGGAUGCCGUCCCUUAAGGAGCAUCAUUGUAUGGGGGCAGGGCCUUUCUUGCUAACAAGAAUUUCUGCUCAAUAAGCUACCAAAAUUUCCUUCAAAAAAAUCCAUGAUGUAAAUAAAUCAUCAGACCCCAAAGUAAAUUAAAUAAAGACAAGCGGCUCCACUGCAACAACACAGACAUCUUGUAGAUCCAGUUGUGGUUGCUAUUAAUCACCUUUUAGACUAAAACCUAAUAGUUGAAUCCACGUGUGAUCACGGUCUUGUGGCGGGUCUAACUGUAGUCCUUAUCCACUAAUGGAUGUAAAGCCUUACCACUACACCAACUUUAUAAUCAUGCAGUGAAAUAUCAUGAUGAAAUGAGGCUGGAGAAUUCAAUACAUUAAUUAAAUGUUCACAUUUUGUCUCUUAAAAGUAAACCCACAAGGUAAUGUAGCUCCCUAUGUUUUUUUUAGGUUCUUCUAUAGAUUUGAACUGAGAAACAAAAUGAGUGCUGUCUUCUUUUUUUAUUACUAUAACAGCACACAGAUAUUAACAGUCUAAUAAAAACAAAAACUUGUACCAUAUUGUAAAAAAAAAAAAUAUGUACAGUGUUGUUGAUCUAAAACCAUAGAAUGUGUAUAAUUAUUAACUUUUAUUUAGAAAAACAGAUUUCCAGUAAAAAAAAGGACAGAAAAAUACUUAUUUAUUAUGAAAGUGUUGCUAAGGCAUGUUGAUUUAGGAAGCUAUUUUGGGAGACAGCUUUGAUUGACUUUACAGAGGAGGAUAAACUAUACUUUAUACUAUACAAGGCUGCAAAAACAUUAUUAACACACAGCAGCUGUGACUGCUCAGCUGGUCCCCCCACAGAUCUCAAAUCUUCAAUCUGGAAUAUUUUGAAUAUACAAUAUCAGCCCACUUUGGUUGACAAAAUGUUAGAAUUACUUAAAAUAAUGUACAUAUUUAAUCCUUGUAGAAAAUAUUGUGCAGUAUUGAAAUGUGUUUACGAAAACAAUCUUCUAUGAGUACUUUGGUCUUUUACUGUUUGUAUGCAAGCAAACAGAAGUAAAACUAAAAAAAAAAACAGCUACAUUUGUUGGGAAAUCUGGAUGCAGAAUAAACUUGUCAUAAAGUAAUCACAUUUUUAGAUAAAUGUAGACUCCAAAAGGAGCCACUGUUGUGUCCCAUCUUGUAAAAUAUUCCAGAAACAAUUACAAGGAUUACCAUUACUUUAAAGCUCAGUUAUGCUUCGCUAAAUCUUAUGAAAACUAUCUGUGUGUGGCUGUGAAACAUUAUAUUCAUCUGACUUAUUUGUGGGCAAUUGAGCAAUCUGUGGAACGGAUGCAGAUUUCCCUAAAUAAAAAGCAGGCUCAUAACAAAUUUACCAGCUGCUGUAAAGGCCAAGGGUCUAAUACUUGUUAGAAAUGCAUAGUGUGCAUAAAACAGUCUGCUCUAGGUUUUAACUGAGAAAUGUCAAGGGGCAGGAUUUUCAAGAAAUCGGUAUGUAGCAUUCAUUUUGGCAUUUUCAAGAGCUUGCUAUUCCUAUUUCGUUAUUAAAUAAUCGUCCUAGAUUUCCGAAAUUAUGUUGAUUUAAGAAAUAAAUGUGACUAUUUAUUUUGUUUGCGUGGGAAUAAAUAAAGCAAGUCCGUGUUGUCAUAAUUUAUCAGGAGUUAAUUUGCACUUGGAAAAGGAGGGUUUUAAUUAACAAAACACUAUAACUCACCUUGAAACAGAAAUUUAACAGACUGUGGCUGUGACGCCGACGAUACAGAGACUACCUAGAUAAUUCACUUUUAUAUACUUGUGGUUAUGAAUGAGACUUGUUCACUAGUUUUAACAAUUUGUAACCUUAGGCCCGGAACACACCCUUUGACGUUGCAGGAAGGGAGGCAUGGAUGCAUAAAGUACAGUGGCAAUGGGGCGAAUCAAUAGGCAAUCAAUAGAAAACAUAAGGCUAUGGCAGUAAUAAAUAUCUACAAUUUUGGCUAAAACUUAAGGCGACGUGAUCAUGGAAACCACAUGACUGGAGACAUGCAUGUAUUCUCUCUUUAUUAAACACACACACAAACACACACGGUAUUCCAUUGGUUUGUAUAUAAUGUCUGUGCCGCUAUUUUUCUGAAAACAAGACCUGACAGCCCCACAUUGUACUUUUUAACUAUUAGACGAAAUAUUUACAGAAUACUUCUGCUGUAAUCAUGAUUCAUUUAUUAUUAAUAGCGUUAUCAUUGAAUUAUACCAAAUCACAUUUUUUAUUUACAAUGAAGGUAACCUAUACUGUGUCGCCCAAAUGCUUAUAAAGUCAGCAAAAACAUGUUUUCCCUUCGUUGUAAAUAAAACUGAUUCGGAAUAUUUAAAUUUUAACGCUGUUAAUAAUAACUUUUUAUUUAUUAUUUUCUCUGCGGUCUGGAUUUGAACCGCUGACCUUCGGAACUACGGUUUCGCUAAAGGGGACUCCCCCUUAACGGGUUUGUAGUCAAUGUCUUUAUGCAGACAUACAAUGUGUCUGUCCAGCCAUCAGGGGUCAUUCAUUACAAACUACAAACACAAAUGACACUUCAAAUUUAUUUAUUUAUAGCCUACAAUUGUACAUACUGAAAUGCAUACAAAAGCAGAUUUACAUUUGACUGCUGCUUGCAGGUGAGAGAGCUGUCUAGCUGUACGCUAUUAGUUUCCAUAACAGCGAAUUAGGCUUCCAUUAAUUUUUCUUGAUCUCAUUAACAUGCAUUUUGAUUAACGAUUUCCCUUUAUUUAGUCGUUGAGGCAGGAAGUGAUGUAUGUGACAUGCGACAAAUUAUGCUUUUAAAUGAGAAAUGCGUUCAUUAACGGCCUCAUCGACUUAAGUUCAAAGCAUUAACGGAUUGAUUUAAUUAACACAUUUUGUUUGAAAAUCACUUGCUACUAAAGCUGUCAUUACUAUACCAUGAGUUCGAUACAAUAACAGUGUUUUUUGAAAAUCCUGCCCAAGGUUUGCUACCGUGAGCCACUAUACAUGUAUUAUAGAUAUCACGCCACAUGUAUACAGUCCUGGAAAUUGUACUGAUAAUGUUGAAGCUGCAAGCUUUGUUUUAUGCAUCUUUUUUUUUUCUAACCCAAUCACCAGCUGUAAACGUGUAUGCUUCCCCCCUUUUAUUAAGAAAUAAAAUGUGCUGUGCUCAUGUGUUGAGUGCUCAUAGCCCCUUUCUUUCAACCUUGGAGAGACGGAAACAAAUGAGUAGAGCUUGUCCCUAACCAGAAAAAGUGUUUUUUAUUAAAACAACAACAUAAGCUGGGACAACACCAAAGCAACUUUAUUGCGUGAAAAGUUGCACAACCAAGUUGUUGGUAACCACUGAAACCUGUUAUGCGUGGUGGGCAGUUGAAAUAGCAUACUCCGGAACAGGACACUUACAGUACAAGCUGUUCGAAAGUGGAAUCCUACUCUAUCCUUCAUUAAUACACCCUUAAACAAUAUGUUGUGCUUCCAAAGAGGGUAGGAGUGUAUAUAACACCUGUACAAUGUUUUUUCUUUUGGCAGAUUUGUAGUUGGUAAAUUACAAAUCUAAAACAGUUUCAUCAGAGGCCGAAGCAUCACUGCUAUACAUGUUAUUUAUAACUUACAAUUGUAUUAAAGGGGUGGAAAAGGGGGUGCAUACUUUAUUUACGGACCAAUAUUCUUUCUCCAAAAUACACGAGUUUAAAAUCAUCCCACUCUACCAUAAUUGUAUGAUUAGCUGACCUUCCAAGACAAAGACUAAAUUCAGUGCCAUAGUUGUGGAAAAAAAGUUCAUAGUUGUAAUAUAAUUAGCAUUACCGGUAGAAAGAAGGUUACCUCGUCAUGUCUGUGUUAUUUUAUUGUAUAUUUUGGUUAUUAAAGCUCACCUAAAAACUGUCUCCAGUUGAUAAUAAAGACAAGAUGAAACCCCAGGCUUUGUUCUGCCACUAUUGUAAAGGUUUCCUGCUCAUUAUUUUGGAGAGUUUGGUUCUCUGUUCUGUUGUACCCUGUGGACAUUUGUUCAUCCAUGGCUGGCUCGUACAUGCUAGCUAAAGGUGUGUUCAUUUUGAACUUCAUGUUGCAGUAAUAAAUAUGCUAAUAUUUUGUAUUUCUCACCUGAA